AUGUCUGACAUAGAUACGUCCGCUUUGAUCCCCCAGGGGGCGGCCUAUGGCCUCCUCAUUGGCCUCAGUGUGGUGUUUUGUGUUGUUGUUUUGGUUGCUGUCAAGAUGCAGAAAAAGUAUCUUUCUGAAGAUUCCGGAAAAUCGGAAAUGUUCAUGGUCGCCAAUCGCUCCGUAGGGAGAGGCUUGUGUGCAUCUGCAGUCUUCAGUUCCUGGAUGUGGAUCAACGAGACGGUGUUGUGCGCGGCUAUGACGUAUCGGUAUGGUCUUGCAGUGCCUCUGUGGUGGGGGUCUGGUCUAUGCUUCCAAAUUGCACUGAUGGCAGCACUCGGUGUUAUGGCCAAGAUUCGAGUCCCUUAUGCUCAUACAUCGCUCGAAGUAGUUCGGAUGCGCUAUGGCAAGAUUGGACAUCUCGUGUUUAUCGUGCUCAACCUCGUCAACAACGUUUUCGGCUGCGCCUCGAUGAUUAUGACGGGCUCUCAACUCAUCCAUGGUGUAUCUGGAAUGCACUAUGUAGCUGCCACUAUCCUCGUUCCCCUCGGAGUUGUUCUCUAUACAGCCGUGGGCGGCUUGAAGGCCACAUUCCUGACGGAUUUCUUGCAUACGGCCAUUGCACUCAUUCUGAUCAUUUAUUUUACGAUCAGUGUUUUGACAAACUCGGCGAUCGGUGGUCUGGGUGGUUUGUAUGAUAAAGUUACGGCAGUAGCUGCGGAUAAUUAUAUCCCCAGCAACUACCAAGGUUCCCUUCUUACAUUCAAGUCGAAGGAUGCAAUUAUCUGGGGUUUAAUUCUCAAGUUUGGAAACCUGGCACUUGUCGUUAUGGAUACCGCAUUUUGGCAAAAGUCCUUCGCGACCGAGGUCAAAGCGACAGUCCCAGGAUACAAUAUUGCCGCAUUGGCUGUUUUCGGUAUCCCCUGGGGUCUAGGCACAGUCGUCGGUUUGGCAACGAGGGCAAUCCACAAUACACCAAUCUUUCCAACAUACCCUGGCAUCCUCACUGCCACUGAAGUGAGCUCGGGCAUGGUGAUGCCAUACACCAUCAAAGCGCUCAUUGGAGACAAAGGAAUCAUUGCAUUCUUCUUCCUCUUGUUCAUGGCUUUGACAAGUACCGUUUCCUCCUCAAUGAUUGCUGUCAGUAGCAUCUUGUCAUAUGACAUCUAUAAGACAUAUCUCAACCCGAAAGCUACCGACAAGCAAAUUGUGGGAGUGAGCCACUUGACUGUCAUUAUCCACGGCGUCUUUAUCACCGGCAUUUCCAUCGCUCUCAACUAUGGAGGAGCAAACAUGACAUGGAUCGGGUACCUGAGACCCAUCAUCUCAUGUCCAGGAAUUAUCCCCAUGAUUCUCACUUUGUUCUGGUCUCGGCAGACCCGGUUAGCUGCAAUUGUUUCUCCUGUGCUUGGCUUCGCUUCAGGUCUUGCUGUCUGGUUGGCAGUAACGCACUAUAUGUAUGGCAGUAUCAACAUCACUACCACUACAAAUCCCUACCCAGCACUAUAUGCAGCCGUCACUUCCUUCUUUACGCCGGCUCUCUAUUCCGUUGUCCUGUCACUCUACAAGCCUUAUAAAUUCGACUGGAGAGUGUUCCUGCGAAUUGAGCUCGCAGAUCAAGAAGAAAUCCAGUCACCUUCAGACGCGAGCACAUUGAACCGGAGCAGCGAGGAAGACCACGCAAUUGAUUUGAAACAUCCCGCUGGAUCAGUCUCACCGGUUGUCAAUAGUCAGCCAGAGAGCAUCAACAACGACCCAGAGAAGAUUACUGGCGACAUCAGCGAAAAGGUUUCGACGAACAAAACUUCGUCUCCAUCCUCCGCACAAAUUAGCCUUGAUGAUAUUCGGCACCCAUUCGAUGACGAAACGUUGAAAGAGCUGUACAGAUGGCUCAAGAUCGCUUGGUACAUGUUCGGGGCUAUCGUGCUGAUCACGUUUGUUGCUUGGCCUCUUCCACUGUAUCGAGACUAUAUCUUCACGAGAUCAUUCUUUGCGGGGUGGGUAGUUGUCGCCAUUAUUUGGCAGUUCGCUGCUUUCGGGGCGGUUGUGAUUUUCCCACUUUAUGACGGGCGGAAGGAUAUUGUGAUCGGCGCGAGGGGUAUCUGGAAGUCUUACAAAGAGCUUUUCGGGAGGAACAAGAAAAAUCAAACGAGCUAG